AUGUCGACUGGAGUCGACAACCAAGACAACAAACUCCACCUAGAUUCAAGCGCCCGUCAACGCUCCACUCGGAGCAACGGAUCAGUUUCUCAGUCAGUCGAAAUCAAUCGAACCGAAGAACAAGCCAACAUGGCACAAAGCCAGAGAUCGCGGUAUCUGAAGACCGGGGCUAUCAUCGCCUUCAUCUUCAUGGUGUUGGUGUGGCUUUCCCCGUCUAAGCCUGCUACUUCUAGCUUUACUCACGAGAAACCGCCUUCAAGCAACGGCGUGGCGUCGACCGCGAAAUGCACCAAGUCCUCCGACCCGUCCAAGCCCCUGAUUCAAUAUGCUCUUAUGAUCGAUGCUGGUAGCACCGGAUCUCGUAUUCACGUCUACCGUUUCAACAACUGCGGCUCUACUCCUGAACUUGAAAAUGAGGUUUUUGAGCAGACCAAAAAGGUGGAAGGUGGUAGCUCUGGUCUCAGCUCUUUCAAGGAGGACGCUGAGGGUGCUGCCCACAGUCUGGACCCUCUUAUGGAAGUCGCCUUGAAGUCAGUUCCCGAUGAGUACAAGUCCUGCUCGCCAAUUGCCGUCAAGGCUACGGCUGGACUUCGUCUCUUGGGUGAUGAAAUGAGCGGCAAGAUUCUGGACGCCGUUCGUCACCGUUUGGAGACUGCCUAUCCCUUCCCUGUCGUCUCCAAGGAGAAGGGUGGUGUCCAAAUCAUGGAUGGCAAGGACGAAGGUGUCUAUGCUUGGAUCACAGCCAAUUACUUGCUCGGCAAGAUUGGUGGCCCUGACGAUACUCCUACUGCCGCUGUUUUCGACUUGGGUGGCGGUUCAACUCAGAUUGUUUUCCAGCCUACCUAUGAGAAGAGCAAGGCCGGUGGUAUGCCAGAGCACCUCGCUCCCGGUGAUCACAAGUACAACCUCAGCUUUGGUGGCCGUGAUUUCGAGCUGUAUCAACACUCUCACCUUGGGUAUGGCCUGAUGUCUGCUCGCGAGAAUAUCCACAUGGUGGUUGUGGAGAACAUGCUGGCCAACAACCCCAAUGACCUUUCUUGGGCGAAAGAGCCCAUUCCUAAUCCUUGUAUUGGACCUGGAAUGUUGCGCGAGGUCACUCUCAAGUUCCCUGCCAACCACCCUCUGGGACUGAGUGCCGAUCUCCAGAUGGUUGGUCCUAAAGACAAGUCUAUGGCGCCUCAGUGCCGUGCUCUCGCCGAAAAGACCCUCAAAAAGAGCGGCGAAUGCAAGCUUGCCCCUUGCUCUUUCAAUGGUGUCCACCAGCCCUCUCUCGCAAAGACCUUCUCUCGAGAGGAGGUCUUCAUCUUUUCCUACUUCUACGACCGCACCGCUCCUUUGGGCAUGCCCGAAUCCUUUACUCUCAACGAGCUCCAUGAUUUGACCAACACAGUCUGUGCCGGCGAGGGCAGCUGGGGUGCCUUUAAGGGUAUCGAAAACGCUCUUACUGAGCUUCGUGAUCGCCCUGAAUGGUGCUUGGACCUCAACUUCAUGAUGGCUCUGCUCCACACUGGUUACGAGAUGCCCUUGUCCCGCGAGGUCAAGAUUGCCAAGAAGAUCAAGGACAACGAGCUGGGCUGGUGUCUUGGUGCUAGCUUGCCUCUCCUGACCAAGGAAUCUGGCUGGACCUGCCGCAUCAAGGAAGUAUCCUAA